ACGAAAUUUAAGGUUAUGUUCCAUGUUGACGAGUUCACAUGUUCUAUUUAUUUUCGUUUUGUAAAGUUCCAAAUAAACAAACGAGUUAAUUUAAUAAAAAAUGGUACGAAAACUAAAAUAUCAUGAACAAAAACUAUUGAAGAAGGUCGAUUUUAUCUCCUGGGAGGUCGACAACAAUUUACACGAAGUGAAGGUGCUGAAAAAGUACCACAUUCAAAAGCGAGAAGAUUAUACCAAAUACAAUAAACUAAGUAGGCAAAUAAGGGAACUGGCCAGAAAAAUCAAAGAAAUGGACCAAAAGGAUCCUUUCCGGACAGAGACCAGCGCUCAGCUACUAGAGAAAUUGUACGUUAUGGGGUUGAUACCUACCAGAUGGGAUCUUAGUCUAGCAGAAAAAGUCACUGCAUCAUGCUUUUGCCGGAGAAGGCUACCAGUUGUUUUAGUAAGAAAUAAAAUGUCAGAAAAUAUAAAGGGAGCAAUAAAACUAAUAGAACAGGGCCACAUAAGGGUGGGCCCUGAGUUAGUAAAGGAUCCGGCCUUUUUAGUUACACGAACCCUAGAAGAUUUCGUUACUUGGGUGGAUAGUUCGAAGAUUAAGAAGCAUGUGUUGGAAUAUAACGGAAUGAGAGACGACUUCCUGCUUUGAGGAUUUGGAAUAAAGCUUUUGAUUGUACUUUUUAUUAAAUGUAAGAUUUGUUAGUGAAA